GGCCUGCCAUGAUUCCUUCCCCUCUCUCUCCCCUAUCCUAUGUCAUGACAAACAAAAACAAGCUCACCCAGAAACAGACAUGACAGACCGACAGACAGACUUGGACUCGUCUUUCUACAAAUUCCAUAUUCUUCUUCUGAUACAAAUGGUGAAGCCCAACAAAUUACUAACGACAAACAACUACAAUAACAAGCCAUUAUUACAAUUCUUUCAAAAACCAAUCUUCUUUCUUUACUUCAUAUCAUCUCGGAUCCUUCUCUCUAUCCAUCAUCCAGGAGAUCAGAAACUGCUGAGGGUCGAUCUAUCAUCUAAUCUCAAUUGGGUUUUCGGAGAAUCGGAAAACCCUUUGCCCAAUCUUGCUUUGUUAGAAAUUUCUUGAUUUGUUGAUGGCAACUAUGUUUCAAGACGAUGGUUCAUCUUCUGUAACUUCAUCGUCUCUUCAAGGACAUACCAUGAUUUCCUCUGCCUCACCUAACCCAUCAUCGCCAUAUCCAUGGCUCAAAGAGCUUAAAUCUGAAGAACGAGGUCUCUAUUUGAUCCAUCUCUUACUAGCCUGUGCUAAUCAUGUUGCUUCAAGCAGCUUUGAGAACGCUAAUAUCAUCCUUGAUCAAAUCUCCCAACUCGCGUCCCCAACUGGCGAUCCAAUGCAGCGAAUCGCUGCUUAUUUCUCAGAAGCAUUAGCACAAAAGAUUCUAAAAUCAUGGCCUGGAAUCUACAAAGCCCUCCAUUCAACUAAGAUGAGCAUUGUUUCAGAACAAAUACACGCAAACAAACUGUUCGUUGACAUGUUUCCAUUCUUAAAAGUCUCUUUCGUGGUCACGAACCAAGCGAUUAUUGAGGCUAUGGAAGGGGAGAAAAUGGUUCAUGUCAUCGAUCUUAACGCAGCCGAACCUGCCCAAUGGCGAGCCCUUCUCCGUGACUUGAGUGCUCGCCCGGAAGGCCCUCCUCACUUGAGAAUAACCGGAAUUCAUCAACAGAAAGAGGUUUUAGAACAAAUGGCUCAUGUCUUGAUUAGUGAAGCAGAGAAAUUGGACGUGCCUUUUCAGUUCAAUCCCAUUAUAGUUACUAGUUUGGAGAAUCUUGAUUUCGAGAAGCUUUCGGUUAAGACAGGGGAAGCCUUAGCAAUUAGCUCUGUUCUACAACUACACACCCUUUUGGCCAGUGAAGACGAAAUAGGAAAGAAAUCUCCUCCCGGUCCAAGAAAUGACUCGGCUUCUUCGAUCCCAUCUUCGAAAGUCGAUAGCUUUCUCCGAUCAUUAUGCGGGUUGUCGCCAAAGGUUAUGGUAAUAACAGAGCAGGACUCAAACCACAACGGGUCUUUAAUGGAGAGGAUGCUGGAAUCAUUGCAUUUCUAUGCAGCUUUAUUCGAUUGCUUGGAAUCUACAUUGACUAGAACAUCUGUGGAGAGGUUGAAGGUGGAGAAGAUGAUGUUAGGGGAAGAGAUAAAGGAUAUUAUAGCAAACCAAGGAUUUGAGAGGAAGAAAAGGCACGAGAAGAUGGAGAAGUGGUUUCAAAGGAUGGAAAUUGCAGGUUUUGGUAAUGCACCAUUGAGUUAUUAUGGGAUGUUGCAAGCAAAGAGGAUGAUGAUUCAGAAUCAUGGUUGCGAUGGUUAUAAGAUUAAGGAAGAUAAUAAUGGUUGUCUUGUUGUUUGCUGGCAGGAUAGAUCCCUUUUCUCAGUAUCUGCUUGGAGGUGUAGAAGAUGAAACUUCUAUUUAUAAUACCCUUUUUUUUGGUU